AUGUGUACUCCUGUCGAAUUCGCCACUACUACAAAAGGUCAUCCCUUAAUGAUGUUAGAUGGUUAUUUAUACACAAUACAUACAUGUAAUUCUACUAUUACUAAAACUCAUGUCAUGACAUUAAAACAAAAUGGUACUCAUUCAACAAGUUGUAAUCGAGAUAUAAUAAAAAUUACACCGAGAAAAUUUCGUGAAGACGUCACUAAUCAUGUAAAAAAUAUUCAAGAAACAACAGAUACUGUAUUAUCACAAAUGCUUCUGAAAAAUUUUUUACGAUUUUGA